AUGGUUUCACUUGAUCGAUGGCUACGUACCAGGUAUCCAGUUAAAUCAAAAUCAAUAUGUACUCGAAAAUAUGCUCUUCUCUCUGCAACAAUCAUUUGCAUUUGUUCGACACUUAUAUGUUGUCAUUAUUUAACACCCAUGUUUGGAGAUCCGGAUGAAAAAAAAUAUUGUGAUCCUAAACACAAACAAUAUGCACUCUAUUCAAAAUUUAUGAAUGAUUACUGGCGUAUUGUCUAUACUUGUAUUCAAGUGAUUAUACCAACAUUGCUUAUGAUUAGUUUUCUUGUACACAUGUUCUAUAUCAUUAAAAAAACAAAACAACAGACAAAUGUUAGACGGAAACAACAAUUUAUCCAACAUCAAAUGUUUGUACUAACAUUAACAGCUAUUUUUGUUCAUGUUCUAACAGCAUUACCAAAUGGUCUUUAUCGUAUUCUAGUAACACGACAUUUAGUUGAAUAUGAUGACUGGCAUUUAUUUGUUGUACAAACAAUUUUAUCAUUUAUACAAUCUGUUAACUAUGCCUCAAAUUUUUAUUUAUAUUGUUUAACGUCACCAUUAUUUCGACGAGAAUAUCUAAAAAUUAUGUGUAGAAAAAGGGUUCAAAGAAAAGUGGUUCCAACAGUACCACUUAAAAGUCGUCGUUUUUGCCAAUCUAAUUCUGUUUCUGUGAAAGAAUGA